UCUGUUACACAUUAAACGGCGACGUCACAUCUUGACAAUGGCGGAAGAAGCCGUUGUCGUUGAGGGUUUAUCGUUUAUGGAUCCUUUCAAAGGGCUGCUGUUGACAUAUUUUAUGCCAGAAUCAUGCUACGACGAGUUCUUCCUCAAGUUCAACUUUCUAGACGUGCCAUGUCUGAAGAUUGUACUGAGCAAAGGCCUGGGGAUCGGCAUCAUACUGGGAUCAGUGAUGGUGAAGCUUCCUCAGAUCUUAAAGCUUCUUGGAGCGAAGAGCGCUGAGGGGCUGAGCUUCAAGUCUGUGCUGCUGGAACUGUUGGCUAUCACAGGGACGAUGGCUUACAGUGUUGCCAACAACUUCCCUUUCAGCUCGUGGGGUGAGGCUCUUUUCCUCAUGUUGCAAACCGUCACCAUUGGCUUCCUCAUUCAGCAUUAUGGAAAAAGAACCAGCACAGGUCUCCUGUUCAUGGUUAUAUACUUAAGCCUGCUGGUCCUGCUCCUGUCCCCAGUGACUCCUAUGUCAGUGGUUACCUCCAUGCAGGCCUUCAACAUGCCGGCGAUCAUCAUUGGGAGGCUCAUCCAGGCGUCCACCAACUACUCUAACGGUCACACCGGCCAGCUCUCCGCGGUGUCUGUUUUCAUGCUGUUCGCUGGGUCCCUUGCACGCAUCUUUACCUCAGUACAGGAAACUGGAGACUCACUGAUGGCACUCACCUACGUCAUAUCCUCAACCUGUAACGGCAUUAUUACUCUGCAGGUUCUUUACUACUGGAACAGUUCACCUCAGAAGAAAAAAGAGGAUUAGACAAAUAACGGUCACUAAACUUGAAUAACAGAGAGCCAUCUACAUGUUCGUUAGACACUGAUAUGUGUCUCUUUAAACUUGGAAGACCAAACUUACACAUGAAAUGUUUUUACAAAGCCUUUGGGACACAUGGUAUUUUAGAUAUGCACCUGACUGACGUACAGGUGAAAUUGUAACACGCCAGGCUGAUCAUUCAGCUUUUAUGAUUAACAGCAGGGCAGCUUUGGUGGUGGGGUUAAAUUAUGGAUCGAGCUGCUGGCUCUAGAGUCCUCUCCCUCCCUGCAGUGCACUGUCCUUACAUUCCUUUUGAUGCAGUUUUCCUGAUUCACACUGGUGUUGAUCAUCACAGGGUUCAAUCUGUAGGCUCUGUGGAGGAAACUGUGUCAGACGACACCACAACCAGUAACCAUUGCACAUUUAUCAUAUAUAUUCCACUGAUUUGUAUUGUAACAGCAGUGACACAACAUAUCCCUAUAUUGAAUUUCUCUUUAGCUGAAAUAAAAGAUU